AUGAAUAAAACACACCUAUCACUUUUACCAAAACUAUAGUAAUUUAUCUAGAGUAUUGGGGAAGAAAAUUAUUCUGUGGAUAUUUAAAGACUCUAAAAUACAAUUGAUGUAAAAAUACAGUAAACGAGCAUUACCUUAAAUGAAAUACUUCAUUUUUAUGAAUAUUGUGAAUCACAGUAAUCAAAUUUUUUAUUUCAUAGGGAAUUUUUGAAAAUGCAUAGUUCAAGAAAUUGGACGGAUGAAGAAUGGAAAGUCUUAAUAUGGAUUAUUUAACAAUAUUGCGUUGCUAAUUAAAAAAAUAGUGAAGAUUUUGUAUUAUAAUAAUUUUACAAUAGAAAGUUGAGGAUUGGCAUGAAAUUUCCGAGAUCAUAGCAAUUAAAGAUAAAUUCAACUGUCAAUUUAAAUGGUUUUCUCACUUACGUGUAGUGCCUGCAAGCAAGAAUUGGACAUCAGAAGAGGAUCAAUUGUUAUAUAAAAUAAUGACAAAAGAACCAAAUAUUAAAUGGUUUGAAGUCCAAUACGAAAUGUUUAUUCAAUCAUCAGGCCUUUAUUUUAGGAAGGCUAAGCAAUAUAGGGAAAGAUGGAAUAAUUAUUUAAAUCCAUAAGUAAAUAGGUAAAGAUGUAUAUUUAAUCUUAGAGGUAUCUGGACAGAACUUGAUGAUUUUAAUUUAUUGUAAUUAGCACUAGCUGAAGGACUUAGAUGGUCCAAUAUUUCAAAGAAACUAAAGAACAGAACAGAAAACUAGGUUAAAAAUCGCUUUAAGAGUCUCAUAAAUAAAGAAAAAAAAAUUACAUAAAUACCAUAAGGAGUCACUGCAGAAUAAAACUAAGAUCCUUCUAAAAAUGGGUUAGACAAAGCAUCGUAGUUUCUAAUUCACACGAUUCUUAACAGAUUGAAGCCAAUUUAAAAAUUAUAAUAAACAAAAUAAAAUCAGUAAGAAAAUAAUACUUACAGUUAAGAAUAGACUUAUUAAUAAAUUAAUCCAUAUAGCUUACUUAUGAAUCCUUAAUAAUAUUAUUUUUAACAAUUUUAGCAGAUUCCUCAAAUGCCAUAAUUGCAACCAUUAUCACAAGUAUAGUAAGUAAGUUAAUAUUCAACAAUUCCCUAAAUUCCUGCACAAAUUAAUCCACUCUAAUAAUAAAUACAUUGCCAACCUUAAUAAUAUCCUCCAUAAUAACCCAAUAUCAGUAUAUAAAUACCACAACAUCAAAAUUUAGUUUCACAAUAAUUAUUGCAAUAAUAACUAAUUCAACAAUAAUAAUAAUAAUAAUAAUAAUAAUAAACUAUGAUUCCCAACUUUUAUCAAGGCUAAUACUUUCCUUAAUAAUUUAUCUAAUAAUAAUAGCAAUAAUAAUUUAAAUUUAAUGUAUACUCUUCAUAGCAAAACACCCCUACAAAUUCAAUUGGAACACUUAGCUCUUAGAGAUCAGAAAAAAUGAUAUCCGAUUAAAUUAAAGAGGAAGAAAAUAGUAAUUCUUCAUCAAAUAAAGAACCAAAGGUCUAAAAAAUUGUUUGUGUUUCUGCUCAAUCUUCUAUUAAUGGUUCAACUAGCUCAGUAAAUUCUAUUGAUGUCAUUAAAUAAAAUUUUAAGAACAUGAAUUUGGAUUCAGAUUAGGUUAGUCCUGACCUAAUUUAAAAAAGAAAACAUUAAAGAUCUCAAUCUGGUGCUUUUGAUAUUAACAAUUAAGGAAAGAUGAAGACAAAGAGAUCAAGAUUUUAUUAUGCUUCGAAUGAUGGUUGA